UUAUGCUACGUCUGUCAAACGGUCUACGUCCUUACAGAAGAUUACUACCCUAUCCAUCUCUUGUGGCUUUCAGAAGAUUUGAGUAGAAUUCAGGAAGGAAAAUCUCCUCUCUUUCUCUCUCAACCAUCCAAGUCGCCGUCAAAUCUAAAGGUUGAAUUAUGGCGAUAAAUUCACAUUCAAUUCACCUCUUCAAUGACAAAGGCAUCACUAUAGGAUUCAGAUCUAGUACGAUGCAGUGUGUUAAGCUUUACAGGAAAGGAGCCGAGGUAUCGAAAAUUGGGUCUAAUAGCAUGCCAAAGUUCUUAGAACUGUUGGGAGGGGUUAAGACGAAAUGGCAUGGUCUGAGGUUAAGUUAUCUGAAUCCUCCUCCAUGUGAGGUGCUGAAGGUUUCUUCUUCAAUUUAUAAUAGUCAGACACAAUUAAAGGAAAGAGGGAGUUUUGACUCACCAUCACCAUCAGAAUCAGAAUCAAUUAUUAUGAGCUAUCUAAGGAACCAAGUUUCGACCAUAAUUGUUCUAUUUGCAUGCUCACUCUUGGUUGCUCCCAUGGCAGAAGCUGUAGAUGCCCUUAAAACCUGUUCCUGCUUACUGAAAGAGUGCAGGCUAGAGCUUGCCAAGUGCAUUUCAAACCCAUCAUGUGCAGCUAAUAUUGCCUGUCUUCAGACUUGCAAUAAUCGACCCGAUGAAACAGAAUGCCAGAUAAAAUGUGGGGAUUUGUUUGAAAAUAGUGUUGUAGCCGAGUUCAACGAGUGUGCAGUCUCACGUAAGAAAUGUGUACCGAGGAAAUCUGAUCUUGGGGAAUUCCCUGUACCUGAUCUAGCACUUACUGUUAAUAACUUCAACAUCAAUGAUUUUAAUGGGAAGUGGUAUAUUACCAGUGGCCUGAAUCCCACAUUUGAUGCAUUUGAUUGUCAAUUGCAUGAGUUCCAUGUUGAGAAUGGUAAACUAGUUGGAAAUAUAUCGUGGCGAAUUAAAACACCAGAUGGAGGCUUCUUCACUCGUUCGACUGUUCAGAAAUUUGUUCAAGAUCCUGCACAUCCUGGGGUACUCUACAACCAUGACAAUGAAUAUCUUCAUUAUCAAGAUGACUGGUAUAUUUUAUCGUCAAAGAUAGAGAACAAACAAGACGACUACAUAUUCGUAUACUACAAAGGUAGAAACGAUGCAUGGGAUGGAUACGGAGGAGCUGUUCUAUACACAAGAAGUUCAGUUUUACCCGAAUCCAUUAUCCCCGAAGUUUCAAAAGCAGCUCAAACAGUUGGUAGAGACUUCAAGGAUUUCAUAAAAACGGAUAACAGUUGUGGGCCGGAACCUCCAUUAGCGGAGAGGAUAGAAAAAACAGUUGAGCAAGGAGAAAAGACUAUCAUAAGGGAAGUUGAGGAAAUAGAAAGGGAAGUUGAGGAAAUAGAAGGGGAAGUGGAGAAAGUGAAAGAGACUGAAAUAAGUUGGUUCAGUAAGCUGUUUGAAGGACUGAAAAAUGAGAUUCAAAAAGAUGAGGAAAAUUUGAUUAAAGGUUUAAGUGAUGAAGAAAUGGAGCUUCUUGGUCAACUUAAAAUGGAAGCUAAGGAAGUUGAAGAACUAUUUGGAAGGGCAUUGCCUUUGAGAAAAUUGCGAUAGGAAGUGAAACUCGAGGAAUAGGAAGUGACACUCGACGAUCGUCGAUUGUGUUGAUUCUUUUUCUUAUAUAUAUUUUGAAUUUACAAAUACAAUUGUUUUGUUUUCGAUUAAACAUUUAUGGUAUAGAGCUUCAAUCUUAUGUCA